AUGUCAGUACUGACACAUGCUGGGGAAAAGAUCAUCAAGCACGACUCUCUGUUUUCACCCAACACAACCAAUCCCAGCCUGGGGAUCGUUGAGAGGGCGUUGUGCGAAGUCGUAUAUGACAGAAUCUUCAUGAACGGGGUCGACGACGCGUCGCACGACGAAGCACUGUCAAGUCGUGUGGCAGCUGUGAACCUCGUUGACUUGACCCUUGCUCACCUGGAUGUCGACGUCGGCGGCGCAGCGGACGACUUGAAUUCUGUUAUCACAGCAUGUGGACAAACCUUGCAACAACUUGACAUCUGUUUCUCGCCGGGAGACAAGAGUGCUGUCCUCGUCAGCGCAUACAAGGUUCUAGUCGAUGGUCUCUCCAAGCUCCCGCCCAUCCGCCUGAAACCAGGUGACGAAGAGAAAGACCUAUCGAAGCUGCUGAUGUCCCUCUCGUUCGAUUCACCCACUGCCCUUGUUGGUGGAUCUGCAUCUCCUCUCUCCAUCCCCAUUGUCAUGGCACCGGACCUGGAACCCGCUACACCUCCCAUUCCUGAGUCCGUAACCCUCGUCAACUUGCCUCUGGGGGGCUCAACGACAACGACAAGCGUCAACGCUCUCUCCCGGCGCCACGCCCAUCAUCCCCUCAUUAUAACGCCUCCAACAAACACCCCCGUUUCUGGCGACGUUCUCCUCCCCUUGCUCAUCUUCACUCUCGCCAAGUCCAAUCCUCCUCACCUCGUUUCACAUCUCCUCUUCACACACCGGUUCAGAGCGACGUCUGUUGGUGGUGGAGAAGAGGCGUACUGCCUCAUCAACCUCCUCGUCGCCGCCAGCUUCUUGGAGAACGUCGAUCUUGAGGCCCUUCAUUCGCCCUCGGCGCCGUUGCUGGGAACACCAGCGAUCGGGAUGCUGAGAGGACGGGUCGAGCAGCAGGUGGACGCAAUCGCCGGCUCGGCAAACAAGGUUAUCUCGGGUGUCGUCGAUUCGUCGUUUGGCGUUUUGAGGUCGUUCUUGCCCACAUCUGUGCCUGGUGCACCUGGCUUGGAAGGGUCAGAGAAAGGGGUGAUCCAGCCCAAUAUCAUACGACGCGAAAGCGGGUUCUCGAUCGCGAGUCUAGCAGCGAGCGUUGCCCAGCGUCGGCAGCAAACACAAGCCGGAGAGGAUGGCGAAGAUGGGCAGCAGCUCGUCGCUGUCAUUUCUCGCCCUGGGUCGGUCAAGUCAGGGUACGGGGAUGGGGAUCAAGAAGGGACCGACGAGGAAAGCGAGGAGCCAGAAGAGGCAGUAGAACGGGCGAGUACGCACGACGCGCGAAGCGUCAGGAGCUUUGAGAGCAUGAUGAAUGCAUCAGCCAAGUCGAAUCGAUCGCGAAGGUCCAAACACAAGCGCGACAUUGGUGCGAGCGGGAGUGGUGGUGGCGGUAGCGUUGGCGGAAUAUCCAAGAGCCUUACGGACAGACUCGCCAGUGUUGCGGGCGGGUUGGGACGGCUCUCGCAGGACAAGGACAGGGACAAACGGACAUCCCUCUUAUCUGUCGGCGCGCGAGCCGAUUCUCCAGCUUCGGUGACAUUGAGUCUACAACGCCCUGCCUCGCCAACGGGAUCGUUACGGACCAAGCUUGCACCACCUAAAAGACGGCUCCUCGAGGCCACAGAGGAUGAUAUCCGUUUCGAAUCCACCUUUGUCUCGCCAGGACCUCAGCAAAUAGAAGAACUCAGAGCGGCGUUUGCGAAGAUGACGAAUAUCCACGAAGAUGCUGAGGUGGUUCUAGAUCUGGUGGUCCUCUGUGGCGUUUUACAUCCUCAGGGCACCUUCUGCCGGGACCUCCGAGCUCUCCGAGACGAAGUCGCCUUCAAAAACCUUCCUUUCGUUCCUUCCAUCCUUGCCUGCAUAGAAGCAGGUGUAUUACCUGCGAUGACAGAGCUCUCUAGGCGCGAGUGGUAUGGGCCAUCUACGCCAAAUGCGGUGUAUAUGGCUCAGUUCUGGGCCCUGGAAUCACUCAGCUCAUUGAUGGCGAUGGGCGAUGUCUCAGAACGCCGGAGUCUUGUCCAAGCACUACUGCAAGAAGGCGCGCUGGAUGUCUGCGUGAAGGAGACACCCAAGAAAGUGGCGGACUUUCCACCUCAUUUUUACACGCUCAACGUGGAGAACGCGAUGUUUGCUGCACAUGCCGUUUUGUGCACGUUUCCUCCUCUGUCACGUCAGUUUUACCUAGUGAUUCUGAAGGAAAAGCCACACAUCAUCGACCUACUUUUCGAUUGCGCCAUUUUCGACCGGCCAGAACACUACCCACCAAGCAAAGCUUUAACCCUCUUGACCUCCCGUACCGACUGGCUGGAGAGAUUGAUUGAGGUCUGGAUGCACGUUGAAGAGGAGGACAGUGAGCAGGUUGCAAUACUCGCGUGGAUUGUCUGGCGUCUAUGUGUACAGCUGAUCGACAUCCUCACUCACAACGCUGAGUCUUGCGGGAUCUCGAAUGCACAGAUCGAGUCUCUCCUUCACAUCGCUUACCAGGGAUGCGUCAAGUGCAGCAAAGCUUUAAACGAGUGCAAAACUGCCGACGAAGCUGUCUGGGCACUCGAACUCGACAAGGACAUUUAUGAAACUCCACAUCUAAUGAACCCUUCUGGAAAUGUGCCCACCGAGACCCCGUUCUUCGUUCCACCUCGGGAAACGAUAGGUCCAACAGCGGUUAUUCGCCUUUUCGUCGUUCUCGUGCAACGGAAAGCACUGGACGGUAUCCAAACGCUUCUCAAGCCACCCAAUGGACUGACCUCCUCGACAUCUCUUGCGCACAUUCAACUUAUCACACAUCCUGACAUGAUACGCCGCAUCAUCAAGCUUUCGUUGACACGUAUUCUCGAACGCACGGUCUUCAUCACAUCUGGCUUAAAUGCUGCAGUCCCGAUCGACGUCCCCGCCGGUAUCAACACCGUCAGCGCGCCGAUGGGCCUCGGCCAGCAGGUGUUCGCACUCGAGAGAAAAAACGCGCUCUCAGUGGCGUAA